AUGGGUCCCGGGCGGCGCAUGAAGAAACAAGGCCCUCCGGCUUCGCUGGAAGAGCUGGGUCUUGCUCCCAAGAACAAGCGAAAGCAUCACGAAGUCGCCCCGCAAAGUGGACCAGCGAAGAAGCGCAAGAAGUCUACAGACGAGGAGCCCGAAGUUGUAGAGCCGAAGAAGUUGGUCAAGCUCGAUCGACUUAUGCGAGAAGAUGGCAACAUCAAGCCCACAAAGAAGCAGAAGAAGCAGAAGCAGAAAUUUGUGAAUGAGGAUGCCCAAAUUACUGUUCCGCCAACAAUGCCGCAGAUCUUCGAAGAAGAGGACGACGAGGACGAUGAAGAGGCGCCAGAUCUAGUCCAGAACGGGGCCAGCGACGCCAACUUCUCAGAGGAAAGCGACGAGGAAGUUGACGAAAUGGCUCUGGAAGAUCUAGAGGACGCUUCAUCGUCGUCUGGCUCCGAGUCGGAUUCCGUGUUUGAUUCCGACGACCAGCAGCAACAAAAGCGUGGCGCCAUGUUCUCGGACGAAGAAGAUCUCUCCGACGCUGAAGCUGCUCUGACGGCCGCCAAUAUCGAAGGUCUUUCCCGAAAGCUUGAUGCCGAGCAAGCAGAAGCCGACGCGGACGCUCAAGCCGAACUCGAAGAUGACGCUAUGCAAACCAACAUUGCAGCUGACUCCGCCCUACUCGAUACUGCUGGCAAUACAACCAAUCUGGCACCUGACUUAGCCCUCAUUCGCAACCGUAUGACCGAGUCAAUCCGUAUCCUCAGCAAUUUCAGCACUACUAAUCCUACCAAAUCCCGCUCCGAGUACACUGAGUUGCUGAUUGCCGAUAUUUGCGUGUACUACGGCUAUAAUGAAUUUCUGGCACAAAAGCUUUUCUCCCUAUUCUCUCCACAGGAGGCAUUCGCCUUCUUCGAAGCCAACGAGACACCUCGACCAAUAGUUCUCCGCACAAACACGCUACGGACGAAUCGCCGGACGCUUGCACAGGCACUAAUCAAUCGUGGUGUCGUCCUUCAGCCCGUCGGGAAGUGGUCGAAAGUCGGCCUUCAGAUAUUCGAAGCACCCGUACCACUUGGUGCUACACCCGAGUACCUGGCUGGUCACUAUAUACUACAAGCCGCCUCCUCCUUUCUGCCAGUCAUGGCUCUCGCGCCGCAGCCAGGCGAGCGCGUGCUCGACAUGGCCGCUGCACCCGGUGGCAAGACCACUUACAUUUCCGCUUUGAUGCGAAACACCGGCGCAGUGUUCGCCAACGACGCCAACAGAAAACGUGCGAAGGGUCUCAUUGGCAACAUCCACCGCCUGGGCGUGAAAAACGCAAUUGUCUGCCACUACGACGCGCAGAAGGCCUUCCCGAAAAUACUUGGAGGCUUCGAUCGCAUCUUGCUUGAUGCUCCUUGCUCCGGCACCGGCGUCAUCGGCAAAGAUCCCAGUGUGAAGACUUCGAAGAACGAAAAGGACUUCCUCAUGCUUCCCCACAUGCAGAAGCAACUUCUUCUCGCAGCUAUCGAUAGUGUUGAUCACGCCUCCAAGACGGGCGGCUACGUUGUCUACUCUACCUGCUCGGUCACAGUCGACGAGAAUGAAAGCGUGGUGCAGUACGUACUACGCAAGCGACCCAACGUCAAGAUCGUCGAGACUGGACUACCGGAAGGCUUCGGCACAGAGGCAUUCCGCGCGUUCGAGGGCAAAAAGUUCGACGAGCACAUGAACUGGGCAAGACGGUGGUACCCUCACAAGGAGAAUGUCGAUGGCUUCUUCGUCUGCAAGCUGCGGAAGACCGGUCCGAGCCCGAUCUCGACAGCGACUACUGCUGCCGCAGAUACGAACGGCACUAUAGCGGGCACUAAGACUGCUCGCCGAGGAAGUGCCUCCGAUGCCAGCACAAAAGACGACGAUCCGGAAGAAGCGGAAGACGACUUCGCCAACUUCGACGACGAAGCCGACGCAGAAGUGAUGAAGCGCGAAGAGCGCAAGCGACUCCGCAAGAAGGGCAUUGACCCACGAACCGCCGAUUUCGACAAGUCCAAGGCCAAGACCCCCAAGCCUCCAAAAUCCGCGAAUUCGAGACGCGUAAAUGGAACGACGGACCCGGACUCUGGCUCGAAGCGAGUGAACGGCACGACAGCGGUCAAGAACGCAAAAUUCAACGGCGGAACGAAAGCGAGCAGUACUCUGGACAAGAAAAUCGAGAAAGGCGAGAUUGUCAGUGAAAAGCCGAAGGAGGAGAAGCUUAAAGUGCAGAAGAAAAGCGAAAAGAAGUCAAACGGCAGCGUGCAGCCGCUGACUUCGGCAGGACCAGUGAAGAAGAGCAAGAAUCGCCCAGACAAGAAGAAGUCGAUCCUGAAGAAGGCGAACUAG